AAAGUAUUAUCUCCGAAUAUUUAUGAAUAUUUGUGAUUGUGAUAAUGAUCAUUGCAAGACCUAUCAACAAUUGUAAUAUGUUGUUUUCAAACACUCAUCCUCAAUCGCGCGUGGGGAGACCAUGUCUCUGUCUGUGAUAAGACGUGCUUUAUCAAUCGGGCAAAAAACAGAUUUGAGAAAACAUUUAUUUUCGAGUUCGAGGACCCUAGUCACUACAGAUAGUACAGAUCCGAAUAUUCUGAGGAGCCCAUUUAGUGAUGUUGUUGUACCCGAUUGGACCAUAUGCGAACUGGUUUAUCCAAAACUGGAACUAUACCACAAGUACACUGCUGUAGAAUGUGCUUCGACUGGAAAGAGUUAUACCUUCGGCCAAAUCCGUAUGAAAAGCAGAAAUUUCAGCAAAGCCCUGAAGGAAAAGCUGAAACUCAGAAAGGGGGAUAGAGUAGCGAUUUUAGUGCACAAUAUUCCUGAGUUUUCGAUAGCAACAUUUGGAAUUCUUGAGGCAGGGUUAGUGGUUACUACCUUGAAUCCAGCAUAUACUCCAGAUGAAAUCGAGAAACAACUAUCAGAUUCAGGAGCCAGAGCCAUCAUUACACAGGCUAGUACUUUCAGCAAAGUGAAAUCUGGCUUGAAGAUGAUGGAUUCUCAAAUGCCCAUCAUAGUUAUCAAAGAGAAGCAAGCAGACAGCCUACCAACUGGAGCAAUCGAUUUCUUUGAGUUUGCUGAUACAGUAAUCAACGUUCCAGAUAUCGAACCUGGACAUACCUCUGAUUUGGCUUUUCUUCCCUACUCUAGCGGGACCACCGGCUUACCAAAAGGUGUCGAACUUACCCACAACAAUAUAGUAUCAAAUAUUUUCCAAUUCAACCAUAAAGAUUUAUCUUUCCUCAGCCCUCCUACAGACAAUUUUCAAGAUGUCAUUCCUGGUAUACUACCACUAUAUCAUAUAUUUGGCUUCUCCAUCUCUGCGGUGAAUUCUACCUAUAAUGGGUCAAAAUCGGUAUAUAUAGAUAAGUUCACUCCUGAAUUAUUUAUCUCAGUCCUGAAAAAUCAUCGUAUUACCGUUCUGUAUGCAGCACCACCCCUAAUUCUGUUCCUUACUUCACAUAAAGAUGUUAAAAAGGAAUAUUUGAAAUAUGUCAAGAUGGUGAUUUCAGGAGCAGCACCGUUAGGAUUUCUAGAUGAACAAAGGUUCAUCGAUAAAUUUGGUUCACAUGUUAAUAUAACGCAAGGUUAUGGACUAACCGAAACGUCUCCAUUUGUGACGUGGUAUCCAAAAUCAAAUGUCAAAAGUGAAAAAAAUGGAGGAUGCAUAGGAAAAGUAGCAUCCAACACUAUUAUAAAAAUUAUUGCACCUGAUGACCCUACAGGUACCCCACUGGGAGCGAAUCAAUCAGGUGAAUUGUUGGUGAAGGGGCCACAAGUGAUGAGGGGCUACCACAACAGACCAGAAGAAACCGAAAAAUCGUUUUUGGAUGGCUGGUUCAGAACUGGAGACUUGGGCCAUUUCAAUGAAGAAGGGUUCAUGUUCAUCACUGACAGACUGAAAGAGCUCAUCAAAGUAAAAGGAUUCCAAGUAGCUCCAGCAGAACUAGAAGAGCUCCUCAGGAGUUUUCCUGGUGUGGAUGAUGCAGCUGUGAUAGGAAUACCGCAUCAGGCCCAUGGAGAGGUCCCAAGGGCUUAUGUCGUGCCCAAGGAAGGAUUUGCUUUGAAUGUAGAGGAAAUAAAAGAAUACGUUGCCAUAAAAGUGACAAAAUACAAGCAGCUAGUAGGAGGAGUCCAAAUUGUAGACACCAUUCCAAAGAAUCCUUCUGGAAAAAUUCUGAGGAGGCUUUUGAAACAGAACUAUAAAGAAAAGGGAAUUUAAUCAUUGCAAAUUAUUGCGAAUGUUUUUUUUGGCAAAGGUGUCAGUAGGGAACAAAAAAAAUCUGGUUAGAUAGUAAAUGAACAACAAAAAUACAAAACAAAUAAAAAAAUUAAAUGUAAGAAACAAUAAACUGUUGUAACAGAUGUAUAUAAAAAAUUUAAUUUGAUCUGAAUCAGAUGAAGUAUUGUCCUGUUUUGGUUUAUGCAUAUCAUUUGUACAUACAUAUAGGUACAUUCAUUACUUAUUUUGUUGAAUCAAUUUAAACAGCAAGCGUGAAGAAUUAUGAUUAUGAAAUGUUUCAGUAGUUCGAUAGAUCAAUAUGCAAAUCGGGGGAUCUACGGAGAAUUUUGUGGAACUGACAACCCUGCAGCGGACUAAAAGUGUUUGCGGACGAAAAGUUAGUGUCUGCGGAUGAAAAGUACUCGCCUUCGAAAAUGGUCGGUUUCUUGUUCAGAAAUUAGAACGUGAAAUGUGAUUUUUUGUAAAGGCCGACAAAAAAAAAUUGUGAUGAUUUAAAAUCAUGAAUAGGUAUUUUUAUGACUGUUUAAAUACUUUCGAUACCUACAUGGAAUGUUCAAAACAUGAUAGAUAUAUGGCGUAAAUUCAACUAGUGCGUACAAUGGGGAAGACCACUGAGGGAAGAAAU